AUGACUGUUCAAAACGAUUUGACCCAUCGGGGUGUUUCUGGUCAACAGCUUGCCCUCGAGGAUCGAUUUGAAGUACUGAAGGAAAUUGGUGAUGGAAGCUUUGGCAGUGUCGUUUUGGGUAGAGUUCGAACGGCUGGUGCCAACGUUGCUCGCCGAGGUACAGUGGUCGCUAUCAAGACAAUGAAGAAGAGCUUCGAGUCGCUAGCACCAUGUUUGGAACUCCGCGAGGUCGUCUUCCUUCGCACUCUCCCUCAACAUCCUCACCUUGUUCCUGCUCUCGACAUCUUCUUGGACCCAUACACCAAGAAGCUUCAUAUUGCCAUGGAGUACAUGGAGGGCAACCUUUACCAACUGAUGAAGGCUCGCGACCACAAGUGUCUCGACAACGCCAGUGUUAAGAGCAUUCUUUUUCAGAUCAUGCAAGGUCUCGAACACAUCCACUCUCACCACUUUUUUCACCGCGACAUCAAGCCCGAAAACAUUCUAGUCACCACUUCUGGUCACAAUGAAUCUGGCAACACCUUCCGCCGAUACUCAGCUCUCGUUACUCCCCCCUCAACACCACCCACAUACACCGUCAAGAUUGCCGAUUUCGGUCUCGCCCGAGAGACACACUCAAAGCUCCCCUACACCACAUACGUAUCAACAAGAUGGUACCGUGCUCCCGAGGUUCUUCUACGAGCUGGAGAGUACUCCGCUCCCGUGGAUAUCUGGGCGGUUGGUGCUAUGGCUGUUGAGAUUGCUACGUUGAAGCCGUUGUUUCCUGGUGGAAACGAGGUUGAUCAAGUUUGGCGAGUUUGUGAGAUUAUGGGCAGCCCUGGUAACUGGUACAACAAGUCCGGUAACCGUGUCGGUGGAGGAGAUUGGCGUGAGGGAACCAGACUCGCUGGCAAGCUUGGUUUCUCAUUCCCCAAGAUGGCUCCUCAUGCUAUGGACACCAUUCUGCAAACACCCCAAUGGCCGACCUCUUUGAGCCAGUUCGUCACUUGGUGCUUGAUGUGGGACCCCAAGAACCGCCCAACAUCAUCACAGGCUCUUGCUCACGAGUACUUUGCCGAUGCCGUUGAUCCAAUGCGACCCAAGUCCUCCGCUUCCCGAAUCCUUGGCCGCAAGCAGUCCGACCUCAGCCGAAGCAGCAAGGAGGCUACUACAACACCCACCUCUGUGAAGCAAUCUUGGUUCCGCAAGUCUCUCAUCGGACGUUCUGAGAGCACUGACUUGGCUACCGUGCAGUCCCAGACAAAGGAUUCUACCGCCCCUAGGCCCGCACCUGUACACGCUUCAUCGGCUGUUGAGGCAUCCACUGCCAAGGUUCGCCCGGCUGCCGGAAAGAGGACCACUUGGACAAAUGGCCCGUCGAACGUAGCGCCCAUGCCUAUUCUUCCUACUGCGCGACCGAUCUCGCCGAUCCCUGAUGCUGUAAAUGCCCGCGCCAACAACACAUACGACGACUCUUACGCUAAUGGACAUGGCCAGGGGAAGACCAAGAAACUUGGCCGACAGCUCUCUGUCGCUUCAAGCACAAACAACUACACAGAAAUGCAUCGGCAACAGGCCGAAAGGGCACUCAAUGGGAAUUCUGGCCUCGCCUCCCCUCCGAGUGGACAGAAGGAGAGCUUCUUUUCACAUCUCAGAAAGCGUGCGCGGCGGUUCUCGGGACGACAUCAGACCCCCGUCUCACCCGCCUAUGACGACGACCUGGAGGCCCAGGUUGGAUGUGGCCCUUGGGCUAGCAACCGGUCGUCCAUGGUUAUUGACCAAUCGCAACAACAGGCUCCCAUUCCUAAAUCCGAGGUCUACGAAUCCCUGGACAAGGCCCUCCGAGAUGUUCAGAACAACCUCGAUUCGCGACCUCCCGUUCCGCCCAGUCACCAGAUCUCGCCUACCAGCACCCUCAAGCGACAUCACUCGCUUCCUCAACACCAAGCCCGGUCAGUAGACAACCUGAUCGGUGCUGCUCGAGGUGGACCCGUCUCGAGCCGAACAAGGAGGGCCCAAGCGACACAUGGCGUGCAUCAAUAUGAGGCUCCUGAUGAGGAAGACGAGCUUCUAGACGAGGCUUUGACUUCUACUCAACGGGCCGUCAAGCGCAUGGAGCAGAACCAAAAUAAACCUCUUCGACAGUCGGCUAGCAACAUUGGGCUCAUGAACCCAUACCCUACGCCGUCGCCCUCAGCCAACGGUAAUCAGGUCCUGUUUGCCGAUGGCCACGAGGCUGUUACCCCCAGACCACUGGAUCUUCACAAGAAGACGGAUAACCAGUACAAGUGGCCCACGCCACCAUAUGAGGAAAGCGAGUGGGCAGCAUCAGCAGCCGCUAGCAUCUGGGCUGCUGGCAGUCGCUUCUAA